CUCGUGUCGUCCUCGGUCUCGUGAUAGCCGCCCGUUAGCAUCUCCAGCUUCUCGGUUUGUAAAACGCCAUGUCAUUCAGAAAGCUGACAUAAAAAAAACAAAUAAAAAACCACUUAUAAUAAUCCCAGCGGCCAUUAAAGAUGUUGUCUCGUCUACUGAAGGAGCACCAGGUCAAGCAAAACGAGCGGAAGGAGCUGCAGGAGAGACGCAGGCGUGAAGCUAUCUCUGCAGCCACCUGUCUAACAGAAGCCCUGGUAGACCACCUCAAUGUUGGCGUUGCCCAGGCAUACGUCAACCAACGUAAGCUCGACCAUGAGGUGAAGACUCUCCAAGUGCAGGCGAGCCAGUUCUCCAAACAAACUGCUCAGUGGAUCAGUAUGGUGGAGGGUUUCAAUCAGGCCCUGAAGGAAAUUGGGGAUGUGGAGAACUGGGCCCGCAGUAUUGAGAUGGACAUGAGGACCACUGCCACAGCUCUGGAGUACGUACACAAGGGUCAACUUCAGUCUGCUUCCUCAUAAACUUCAUGGCUGGAUGAUUACAGCUGAAACUAAAUACACUGGAACGAAACAGAAAAUCCGGUGGACUCCUAUCAGCAAAGACGCAAGCAGCAGUGAUUUUGAGUGGGCUAAUGCUGAUGGUUACUUUGUUCAGAGAAAUGUUGAAAGUUUGCUGCAUUUGACAGUUAAUUCCACGCCUGCAUCACUGUUUAAGUUCUUGUGUGAGCAACAAUAUCAAAGAGUGCAAGCACACAAUGAUGCUGGAGUUGUUCAAAGAUCAAGCUUGUGUAUGAAAUGAAAUAAGUCUAGCAUCUAUUUAUAGUGACAUCAGUUAACAACAUUUUGGUAAUUGAAUAACUGGGGGAAAAGCUGUCUCGGUAAGGAUUUUCGAAGGUGUCACAUGUAAAAACUUAGUUCACCUGCUUGUAAUAGCUUUAAGAGGGUACAGACAAAUUGACACCUUCCUAAACGUUUUAUAGGAAGGCUUCUUUUCAUCACCUCUUGCCUGAGUUAUGUAGGUCUGUAUUUAUGUAUUAUAUGUAUGGUGAUGACGAUGAUGAUUGAGUUUUGUUUUCAUUAUUGGUGAAACAUUAUUUUUAAUAAAGCACAAGAAAUGCA